ACGAUCAGGACACUAGGCGAUUGCUCAAUGCAAAAUUAACAACACGGGGAAAAAACGAAGGUGCACUAGUAGAACUGCUCUAUCCCACUAUCUACAAACUCAGCUGCCUUUUAGAUUUGAGAUUCUUCCCAUUCGAUGUACAGACAUGUAGAUUAACAUUUGGAAGUUGGACAUUUGAUAAUACGUUAAUUGACUACUUCCCUCAUAAUGUCACCCAUGCUAUUGGCACCGCCAAUUGCAUUGAUAACGAGGGAUGGACUGUUCUGACGACU